AUGAAGCCUGCAGCUGACGAACACCACGAUGAUGCUGCCGUCGAUGUGAAGAAGAAGAGAACGUUCCGCAAGUUCUCUUACCGCGGAAUUGACCUCGACAAGCUCUUGGAUUUGUCCUCUGAGCAGUUGAUGGACUUGGUCAACGCCCGUCCCCGCAGACGUUUCCAGCGUGGUCUCAAGCGCAAGCCCAUGGGUUUGAUCAAGAAGCUCCGCCAGGCCAAGAAGGAUGCCCCUGCUCUUGAGAAGCCUGCUGUCGUCAAGACUCAUCUCCGUAACAUGAUUGUCGUUCCUGAGAUGAUCGGCUCUAUUGUUGGCGUCUACAACGGCAAGACUUUCAACCAAAUUGAGAUCAAGCCAGAGAUGAUCGGUCACUACCUCGGUGAGUUCUCCAUCACCUACAAGCCUGUCAAGCACGGUCGUCCCGGUAUUGGUGCCACCCACUCUUCUCGUUUCAUUCCCCUCAAGUAA